AUCGGGCGUAAAGCAGCAGUCGACUGAACUAUGUAGUACAAACAAAGGCGGUUACUUUUUGCUGUAGGAAUAUGUAGGUCGUAGUUCUUUUUGUAAAGUCAGACAGUAAAUGACAUCUUGACCGGUUGAAUUAUACUCAAUCAUACGGUUGUGAUAAGGUAAGCAUUUUUGUGUAUAAUAGGAUAGGAGUGGUGUAGUUAAUAAUUAUUUUUUUCCUUAUUUUGACCCGUGUUAUCAACUGACAUACUCCUGUCCACAGAACACCGAGGCCAUGUCUUCAAAAGUGUAUUACGUACUUCUGCCGAUCACUUCACUGCUUUCCGUGUUAUAUUUCUACUACAAAUCGACCUCACGGAACAUCUGGGAACAACUGGGAAUACCAGGACCAAAGCGAGACUCGGUCUCUGACCCCCGGGAUGAACUUAGGACCAACUUCCCCCAGGUGCUCGGCCAGUGGCGGGAAAAGUACGGCAGGACGUACGGUGUGUAUGGCUUACAACGGAACAGCCCAACUUUGGUGACGACAGACCUGGGGCUCUUGAAUCACAUCAUGGUGAAAGACUUCAACAAUUUCAGGGAUCGUUAUUUCUUGAACCUCACCCACAGCUCCGUGACGGACGGUCUGUUCUUCUUGUCAGGGAGUCAGUGGAGACGCAACCGCCACGUCAUGACGCCCUUGUUUACGCCAGCGAAGUUAAAAACAAUGCUUGGCCACGCCAACUCGAGUGCGCAAAGUCUGGUCGAAUUGGUGAAGGAAUACAAAAAGGAUGGGGAGUUGAUUCCCGCCAAAAAAUUAGCCGCUAAAUUUGCAAGUGACGUCAUUGCCAAAUCGGGCUUCGGUUUAGAUGGUCAGGCCGUCACCAAAGAAGACAACGAAUUCUUCUUUAACAUCAACCGCUACCUGGUCAUUGGAACUCUUCCCCAAAAAAUAUUUAAUUUUCUGACAUUCUAUUUCCCUGCCCUGGCGGAUCCACUUCUCACCAUUUUCCCGUCCAUGGACGUGAUUCCACGAGAAGCUGAUCAUUAUUUUAUCGCUCUGGCUGAGGCGGCGCUGAAUAGGAAAAGGCGAGACAAAGAAAGUGGGCGGGAGCAAGGGAAUGCCAAGGACAUGUUGGACCAUCUGGUCGAUGUCGAAGUAGAGAACGAUGUAGUUUUAAAGGAAGGCGACAGAGCUAUGACACGGAAUGAAAUUAUUGGUAAAUCUUUCUCAAAAUGAAAUCUUGUUGUAAAGAACGCAUUAAAGUUAAAUCAUCAUUAAAUUAGAAUGAAUAGUUGAGAAAUUUUGUAGGACAAGGCGAGUAGACACAUUAAAAGUUGAAGUAAUAAGUAAUUAAAUUAACUAAGGGUAUACAAAUGGACUGUUGCCAGAAAAUUCCAAUUUCUACAUGUUUCGUUUCUUUUUUUCUGGGAAUUGUUAUUAUUUCAACUAAUUAGCAAAUAAAUUAAAUACUCUAUUUUUGUAACCAUCUUUCCAAAUCAACUAAUAAAUUGCAGCAUAGCUUUAUAAAAUUCUAUAGUAUUCAAGUCUCUUAUCUUUAAAUAGAAGAUACAGUUUUAAGUGAGAACUUCAUUGCGUGGUAACGUCAGCUCUGUGUGGUAUCAUUAUGGGAACGACCUGUCUUUGAUUGAGAUGUACGCCCUCUUCCAAUGUUCAGGUAACUCAACUCUCCUGAUAUUUGCGGCCUAUGAGACAACGUCAUCUUGUCUGAUGAGCACGAUGUAUUGUCUGGCCAAGUACCCGGAUGUCCAGGAGACACUCAUUGCUGAGGUUGACAGAGUUAUGCAAGGCAGACGACAGCCAGAAUAUGACGAUCUGGUGGAAAUGAAAUACAUGGAACAGGUAAGCGCAACUUUAUAGUUGUUGUUUUGUUGUUUUUUUAAAUUGCAGACAGACUUGUGGGAGUGGGGAGGGGGGGGGGUCAUUGCACAUCGAGAAUUGCUUGAACGGAUGAGGGGGUCGUUCUGCCAGGAGCGGCACUUUCUGGAUCAAGGCAUUUUCGGUCCUCUUUAUGCAGUUCUGGCUUUAUAUAUAGGCAGCUUUAUGUGUAGGCGACAUAGGUGGCUGCCUGGAGCGGAUUUUUUUCUCCAAAAAAUGGGGGGGGGGGGAGGGGGGGAGUGACAGAAACAUUUUUUUUUCCUUUUUUCUAAAACAAUGUUUGGAAUACCCCAUUUAUUCAGUUAAUGGCUGAUUUUUACUUUUUUUUUCACGUCACAGUGACGUUACAGUGAUUUUAUAUGAUUUUAAAAAAAAAAAACUAGUGAAUUUUUUUUUUUUAAAGUUUUCAAAGAAUUCAUGGAUGUUCGAACUGUGGCAGGAGGUGGGGAGGAGCGGCGAGAAAGGGGGUAGGAGGGGUCCACCCCAGGAGGCACUUUUUUCUGUAAAAUUCGGGGCGACAUUUUCGUCCUUAUGCAAAGAAAAGAUAAAAUUGUCGUCAAGGAUUCAUGAGAAUGUUUGUUUUAUUUGUCAAGUGAUCCAUGAACCAAUGAGAAUGUUUUUUUUGUUUUUUUGUCAGGUGAUCAAUGAAUCAAUGAGAAUGUUCCCUCCAGUGGCCCACCUUAAAAGAGUUCCAAGGGAGACAAAAACCUAUGAUGGCGUGACCAUCCCCAAAGGGACCAAUGUCUACAUCCCUCUCCUGUCCAUGAUGAGUGACCCAGAAUACUGGCCUAAUCCUGACCAGUUCGACCCAGGGCGGUUUUCACCCGACAAAAGCAGCGAGCUGGACACUUUGAAAUUCAUGCCUUUUGGCGUCGGUCCUCGACAUUGUAUUGGGCAGCGAUUUGCCCUGAUGGAACUAAAGGUUAAUACCCGUAAGAUUGUGUCUAUUUAAAUCAUGAUACUGUGAACAGUUCUCAAACUAAAUUGUCAAAGUGUUCUGGGCAGGAAUGGACUGGGGAGUUCAAGCUGCCCGGGAAAAAAUCAAAGCGGCCGGGGAAAAAAAAAAAAAAAAAAGGGGCCCUAUCUUCUUGACUUUUAUUUUUAUUAUAUCACCGGUCCUAGUGGCCCAUCGGGAAUCUUCCCGGUGUCCCGGCGGCGCAGUCCACCCCUGGUUCUGGGUGGUAAACUGCUAGAGUAUAAAACCUUGUAUUCGUCUCUUUUUCUAAAAAUAUAAUCUGGUUUAGCACAAUUAAGUUUUUGUUGAAAAAUAUAUUGUUUAAAUAUAAGCAAUAUAUGAUCACAAUUCUCUUGCUGUCCUCUCAGAUACUACAUUUCAGCUAUGUGAAAUCUUUAUUUUAUUCCGUUUUUAAAUGUUGUUUGUUCACUGAUGAAGGCUUCUUACCGAAAACUUUGUUGUUUUGUUGCGUUCAUUAUUUAAGGUUUUCCCAUUCUUUGUCUCAAUCUUUUCCUUUUUUGCUAACCUGAUUGCAGUCUCUCCCCUCUAAUCACCAUAUGAUACCAGAAGAAUGACGUGUUUAUCAUGUAUCUUGUUGCGUCUUUUGGCUGCUGAUUAUUAGAAGAUUUUGGAAAGACCGCCAUUAAUCUCUUGACCGAAGAAUUCUUUCACCUCAUUAUGAAUUCGUUUUUGUUAGGCUUUUUUGUUUCAGUUUUUUCCUUUCAAGUUUUCCCAUUGUGUGUGCGUCAUAUUUCCUUGAUAAUCUGAAGCAAGGCACGGCAACUCACCAACAUUUUCUUCCGUUUCAAAAAAAAAAAAAGUUUAAUUUCACCUUUUGUCCGUCCAGGUUGCGCUUAGCCAACUUCUGUCGUCGGUCAGGUUUGUCUUGACAGAGCAGACAGAGCCCAAACUUGGAUCAGAUGUCUUCACGGUGGCACUGGUGGCGUACGACUUCCCGUUCCCGGCCAAACCCAUCUUGUUGGAUGUUACCUUGAGGGAGGGCAACAAUUAAUCGUACUGGAAAGUAACCCAACAUGUUGGAUGUUGUAUUGAAAGACAGCCAGUAGUCGUACCGGACAGUUGCAAAAGUGGAGGAGAUAGAGCUACCCACAAAGUCACGGCGAUCAAAUGUCUCAGAUGAUACAACAACCGCAAAACAUGACAAUCCCAUUAACACAACCACAAAACAUGACAAUCCCAUGAACACAACCGCAAAACAUGACAAUCCCAUGAACACAACCACAAAACAUGACAAUCCCAUGAACACAACCGCAAAACAUGACAAUCCCAUUCUUUAUUACGAUCUAUCAACGAUCUGUCAGGGAAAGUUUAACUAAAAAAGACUAUAACCCAACGUGAUUAUACUGUGGCACAAGACGUUCAUGUACAUAAUAUACACAAUAUAUACGUUCAUACACAUGUACGCAAUCUAGACAUCCAUAUAUACAGAUAUGCAUGUGCACAAUCAAGACGCUCAUAAUUACCGAUAUUUAAGUGCACAAUAUAGACGUUCCUAGACAUGUACGUUUCACCACAAAUUGUGUCUUCUCAAUCACCUCUGGGUUCAUUUAUCCACAUAUUAACCCAAAGUGUCAGAGAGAAACUCCGUACCCAAGACAUAAACGCAACUGAGUCAAAGACUAUUUGGGACUUUAGCAGAUGAUGACUAUUGUUUGUCCAUAAUCACCACUCAUCUUUAUACACCAUCCACCUUUAUUCACCGCUCACCUCUUUUCUCCACCCAUCUCUAUACACCACUCAACUCUCUAUUCACCACUCACCUCUGAACACCACUAAUCUCUAUACACAACUCGCCUGUAUACACAGCACAUAGUUUCAGUGAUCAAGUUCUAUCAAUAAAUCUUUGGUAUUUGAUAUGAUAUCAAUUUUGAUGUUGUUAUUUCAUAUCGAUACCGGUACCUCAUAGUUGUUUCUGCUGGAUCUUAGAAGACUCAUUUAAUGAGAUCUUCCGGGAAUAUAAUUAGUUAUAAAUAAGCUUUACUUUUGUAUCGUUUUCAUUCUUGCAAACCUAAUUUUGUUGUGGACUGAAGUGACCAAGUGGC